AUGCCCUCCCAGUACCCCGCCCCAGCAACACCGCCACCCCGCUACAGCUUCCUAGACGACUACUCCGAAGGCGCCCACCCCGCCCUCCUCAAGGCCAUCAUCUCGACAAACAACACCCAGGAGGCCGGCUACGGCGGCGACGCCUACUCGGCCCUCGCCCGCGCCCACAUCCGCCGCCACCUCGGCGACCCCGCCUCGCCCGUCGGCAUCUUCUUCGUCCCCAGCGGCACCUCCGCCAACGCAAUCUCCAUCGCCGCCUGCCUGCGCCCCCACGAGGCCGUCGUCGCCGCGAGCUCCGGCCACAUCGUCACGCGCGAGACGGGCGCCGUCGAGGCCAGCGGGCACAAGAUCAUCAACGUCGCCCCGCGCGACGGCAAGUUGACUCCGGAAACGAUCCAGAGGGCGGUCGACGACAACUGGCACUUCCCGCACAUGGCCAAGCCGCGCCUCGUCUACGUCUCCGACGCGACCGAGAUCGGGACCGUCUACACCCGCGCCGAGAUGCGCGCGAUCAAGCGCGUCUGCGAGGCCAACAACCUCCUCCUCUUCCUCGACGGCGCGCGCAUCGGGACCGCCCUGACCUCCACCGCCAACGACAUGGCGCUGCGCGACGUGCUCGAGCUGACGGACAUCUUCUGGAUCGGGGGCACCAAGAACGGGGCGCUCCUCGGCGAGGCCGUGGUCGUCAAGGACGCGCGGCUCGCGGGGGAGUUCGAGUUCUACGUCAAGCAGCACGGGUCGCUGCUGGCCAAGAGCCGGAUCAUGGGCGCGCAGUUCGCGGAGCUGUUCCGCGAGGAUUUGUAUUUUGACCUCGCGCGGCAGGCGAACCUGUGCGCGGCGACGUUGUCGGGCGGGAUCGCGGCGGCCGGGUUCGGCGUGUACGCGGUGACGGAGACGAACCAGGUGUUCGCGGUACUGCCGCUGGGGCUGAUCAAGAUGCUGCAGGAGCAUUUCGUGUUUUACGUGUGGGAGAAGAGGGGGGACGACGAGGCCGUCGUGAGGUUGCUCACGACGUGGGCGACGGAGGCCGGGGAGGUGGACAAGUUUGUGGGGUUGGUUCAGGGGUGGGGGAAGUGA